UAUUAUGUUAAAAAGGACGACUUCUAUGAACUCUACUUUUUCAUAAAUUGUGUGAAAGCAUUGAAAUACACUUGACAUAGAUAAAUUUGAUGUCAUAAUUUAAUCCAAAAAUUACAAAACUUAAAAUUUAUGAAUUUUAAUACAAUAAAAAUAUUAACUAAAUGAAAAGAAUCAUUCGUAAUUCAGCUCUGGGUGGCGGAAGGUCGUCGUGCGUCGUUGUCAUUAUCGCUUAAGAGUAAUCGAGUAGUCCUUUGUUGCUCUGCCUUCGAGAGUUUUACGUUUCAAGCCGCAUUUGCCAAUAUGUGACGUCAGAUAACUGUACCGAGUUACAGUUUUUUAAAGUGCAUGUUGACCAUAUUCAUUCGUGUUAACUUAAUGUUUUCAAUUUUUAUUAUGGUGGAGAAAUAAAAAAAAACUCAAAUUUGUAUUCUGGUCAGUCGUAUCGGAAAAAUUAGAGUUGGUGUUGUUAAUCUUCGAUUCGAGCCAAGUUAAGUCUUAGUUACAGGAGUAGUUAAGCAAACUUAUAAAACAAAUAAUAAAUGAAAAGAAAUGUCAACUUCAUAUGGGCAACAAACUCCACAGCCAACAAAACUGAACGAUUCAAAAUAAAUGUUACUUUCGUUCUAAAUUUUUUUGUAAAAUUAUGUUAAUUACGAAAGCUGAAAGAGGCAAAAGGAUAUGGAAAAUAUACAGAUGGUACUAUUAAGGAUACUUCACGCAGAUAUGCCAAUACAAAUCAGGCGAUCACACCUCGUCAUACGAUUGAUGCAAUUUUAGGUUUAAAAAAUCGCCACCAAAUGAAUGACGGUGAUUGUAAUGAUGCCACCGAUUUGCGUUGUAACAAAACUUUGGCACAACUACGCAACAUGGACAAUCAUAUGGUCACGUUAAUGCAACAGCAACGUAAUAAUUCUACAUAUUCCCUGCCUUCACCUAACGGUCAAAUGCACCAAAGCAAUAUGUCAUCUAUGAAUUUACCUCCACCUUCUACUCAUCCGCAACAUGGUCAACACAGUCAUCUUGGCUAUCAUAAUACGUUAAUGAAUUUUCAACAGCAGCAACAACAACAUAAUUUUCAUGCUGCCACUAACCACGUACUAUCAUAUAGCAAUCUUCAAGAUACCACCGAUAUUAACGACAGUCGUAUUAGUCCGUCCAUGAGUAGUAGUGAUUAUUUGAAUUCAAUGCAUCAAAUGGUCGAAGCUAACAAUUUAAACCAAUUGCACCACAACAAUGACAUGAGUCCACAUGCUAACAUGACGACUCAAUCACAAAUCCAACCACCAUCAGCGACAUCGGCAAUUAUGAAUUCUGGUGUCUAUCAUAGUCAUCAACAGCAUUUGGCUGCCUUAGCUGCACAUGCCCAAGCGCAGCAUGAUCAAAAGUUUGCCAAGUCAUCGUCAUUAUCCUCAACAACAUCAACUGCAGCGGCAACAACAACAGCAGCGGCUGCUGCAUCAUUAGUGGCAUCAACAAUGGCUAAUCAAAUGACGGCUUCAUCCACGUAUUUUUCCAAUAAUGACGCCGCCAAUCUUGUUCAUAACCUCAACGAUUAUGACGAGCGUUCGUUGUCCUCUAUGUCCAACGGAGGGGACAUUGAUGCCGUUACUGAAGAUGAGGAUGAAGCCAAGGACCCCAAUGAUACACACAACAUUGAUGUAACAUCUUCACCACAAUCAUCACAACACACAGGUUUUGGCAAUGGCACUGGACUUAAACGAAAGUUAACUUCAAAUUCUUCUCCUUACUGUGAUGACUUAAAUGCAAUCAACAACAUCAAUACAAAUGACGAUAGAAAUAGCGAGUGCCUAAGCAAAAAUAUAAUGAAUAGCAACGGUGGUGCCGGGGAUAAUUAUUUGCUGAAGAAUCAAUUUGAAGGAGGAGUGAGACCACGAUCGUUGGAAGACAUGCAGAAACAAAAUUUUAUGUCUCUUAAUGGGAAUUCAACUAUUGAACACCAUCUUAGCGGUCAAUCUCAACAACAACAGCAACAAAAGCACUUGGACGAUUAUAACAGAUUACACCACAUAAGUGUGGGAGGCAGUGGGGGUCCAGCCGUGGAUCAACAGGAUCGACUUAACGACAACGAUAGUGUUAUAAAUGGAAGUUGUGCAUCAAGUGAAGAUCUUAAUCAAACAAAUUCCAGUGAACAGGGUGAAAAAAUUACUUCCGGCAGUGAUGACGAAGGACAAGAUGACAAUUGUUCAAAAAAGAAACAUCGACGCAAUCGUACAACAUUUACAACAUAUCAAUUGCAUGAAUUAGAAAGGGCCUUUGAAAAAUCGCACUAUCCCGAUGUGUAUUCUCGUGAAGAGUUGGCCAUGAAGGUUAAUUUACCUGAAGUUAGAGUACAGGUAUGGUUUCAAAAUCGCCGAGCCAAAUGGAGAAGACAAGAGAAAUCAGAAAGUUUGAGACUUGGUCUCACACAUUUUACACAGCUGCCGCAUCGUUUGGGAUGUGGUCCUUCAGGCUUGCCGGUAGAUCCCUGGCUAUCGCCUCCUUUACUAUCAGCUUUGCCAGGAUUUCUUUCACAUCCUCAAACCGUGUAUCCUUCUUAUUUAACACCCCCUCUAAGUUUAACUCCAUCUAACCUGGCAAUGAGCAGUUUAGCAGGAAUGGGACCACAUGGUCCUAGUGUACAUGGACCGCAUCCAACCGGUCAUCAUCAGCCACCACCUGGAAUGACUUUGGGAUCUAGUAGUUCACAUGGAGGCCAUCAACAUUUGCAGCUAACACAUCUCUCACCACAUUUGUCACGUAUGUCACCACAGUCGAUGGCCGCAAUGAAUCCUCAAAUAUCUGUAGCAAAUUCAAUGUCCUCUACAUCAACAACAUCCUCUAAUGUGUCGGCCACAAAUUCUCCACUCACCUCUUUACCUCCACCUUCUUUAAGUUCUUCUGUCUCUAUAGUACCACAAUCACUGUCACCGCAAAAUCUUGCCACCGUCAAUGGUGACAAUGACUCCCAUUCGAGUGCGACAAAAUGCUCUUCUGCAAACAUUGAUGUGGUGGAUGUAGGUCGCGAAAGUCCCAUACCCACUAUUAACGCAACCGUAGCAACAAAUAAUGGCCCCAAUAAUUCAAACGUCAACGAGCCUUCAACACCACCUUCUUCUACUGCCUCCUCCUCCAAUGCUUCUUCAGUGACAGCAACAAAUCAACAACCGCAAACGACAGACAUACGUUCAAAUUCUAUUGCAACUUUACGCAUCAAGGCCAAGGAACAUCUUGAAAAUAUAAAUAAAAGUUUAACUAUGGUUUAGAAUGUCUGGUUAACCGUCACCGUAAUUUAAUUUUAUUCGAAUGACUCGUUCACCAAGCCUUCUUUUAUGACAUAUUUCAAUUAAAUGUUUUGACACAAAUGUUUAUAUAAGUAAUUUACACAAAAAUACAUACGGCUUUACAUACCGACAAAAAUCAAUAUACUGCAUAUGUAUGUUAUUAAUUAAAACCAUUGAACACCUAAAUAAAAAUGUUGGAGUAGUAAAUUAUUAAAUCAUUAGUUGUACUUAGUUUUUAAAAAUUUUUAAGUUAGGAAUGUAAUUUAACCUUCGCUCAUAAGAACUAGUUACUAAAAUAAACUUUAGUUAACUUUACGUACAUACUUGUAAUUUUAAUCAAAAAUAAAUCCGAAAAAAUAUAUAUAUUUUCUAAGUAGUUAAAAUACAAAUGUAUUUCUCAAUGCAGUCAAGUCAAGAAGUAAUAAUAUAAUAUUACUUAGUUUGUACUAAUGUAUUUAUAAUUAGAAAUAUAAAUGUAGUUGUAUUUUUAUUAUAUCUAUAAUUAAUAGUGUACUUUAAGAUAUAGUCUACUAGAUCAUUAACAAAUAAAUAAAUUCACAUUUUAAAACAA